AUGGCAAUGUUAAGAUCAGACUCUCGAAGUGCCUCGCAUCCAUUUUUGAACGUUGUUUUUGAUGAGAACAAUAAAAUAUGGAAGUCUGCGAAUUAUCCUUAUAGCAAGGACACAAAUCGUUCUGUCGGCGAGGCUUUUCUUAAAUCAAUGCGGUCCUUAGAUCCAUAUAAAGUAUUGGAGUAUCAUUUUGACGUAAAGAAGGAGAGGCGAGCAAAAGAUAUAUUUCAAGAUUCCGUGACUAUAGCAGUGAAUUUACAACGACUGGGCUUGAGAAAGGGCGAUGUCGUUGUUUUAUUUACCGGUUACACGGUCAUGACAUCGGCACUGACAUUCGGAUCCCUAUUGAUUGGGGCUGUUGUGAACUUCUUUGAAGUGGGAUUGAACGAAGAGGAACUUCCCAAAGUACUGACUACAGUGGAACCUUCAAUAAUUUUCUACGAAUCAAUAUUUGAGAAUAAAAUUAAAACCUAUGUGAACCAAAACAGAUCAGUUUCACUAAAACAUACUGUGCCUAUCGACGGGCCAGAAGCUGUAGUCUUUGAAAAUGAAUUUUUAAAGGAUCUCAAGGAAUCGAUGUAUGCUAACUUCCAGUCUCCGGUUACAACUAAUCCUCAGGAGGACAUUGCCUUCAUUGUGCUGACAUCGGGGUCAACAGGACUUCCCAAGGCAAUACAGUUGAGUCAUGCCACCGUACUGAAUGGCAUGUAUAUAUGGUGGGCAAAUCCUGACAACUACGAACCACUCAACUCCAAUUCCAUAUUAUUUUCAUUGAGCCCUUUGCGGUGGAUCAGUCAGGUGGCUCUGCUCUUGCAAUCAGCAAUAUUGGGCAUUAAACGCAUUUGUGCCAAUCGAGCUGCCACGAGUUCGUAUGGCUUAAGAAUUUUAUGUGAAACCCAACCUACACACAUAUUCUCGGUUCCAUCCUUCUUCUACGACAUUCUACUAGAACUGCCAGAUGGUAAUCGCAAUAGUUUGAAGUCUUUGAAAUAUAUUCAACUGGGUGGAGAAUAUCCCACGAAAAUAAUUUCCGAAAAAGCCAAGCUGCAUGCCGAAAAUGCCCGGCUUUACUACAGUUAUGGGAUGUCGGAAGUAGCCGGUUCCAUUACAAAUGAUGAACACAUUAGUGGCGGAAAAUUGCAACCAGGUUACCAAGUACAGGUUCUAAAUGAAAAUAAUGAGGCUCAAGGGUACAAUGAAAGUGGUCGAUUAGCAAUUAAAAUUCCGUAUAAAUUCCUGGGAUACAAGGGCUUGGGUCGUACUGAAUAUAUCCUAUCUAAUGGAUUUUUCUUAAAUGGCGACUUUGGAUACUUCGACCGAAAUAACACGUUACAUCUCCUGGCCAGAUAUUCAGAUUUAAUAAGACUCAUACCCAAUAAUGUUGAAUCCUUGGCAAUGUCUGUGCCUAACGUACAGACAGCCCGUCUAGUUGGAUUUGCCAAAUCUCCGAAAAGAGCUGAUCAGAUGUCUUGCUUGUUUCUCACAUUGCAGACGAAGUCAUCGAUAGCUAACACAAAUAUUGUGGAUCGGGUUAAGGCAGUGCUGCGAUCAAAGUUACAUUCUCACGAAUUCGACUUAAUUCACCGCGUACAAAUUAUUGACACAUUUCCAUUCACCACAUGUGGCAAAAUUGAUCGCAUGGUGUUGGCACAGUGGGCCCGAGCGUUGUAA